AUGUUGUUUGCUCUCACAACAGCUCUGGCCCUGGCCGGAGCCGCCUCUGCUCUGCCAGCAGGCCGUGCCACAAGCGGUGUCCAGUUUGUGGGCACCAACAUUGCCGGCUUUGAUUUCGGCUGCUCUAUCACGGGAGUCGACAACAUCACUCAGGCAUACCCUCCUCUGUCUUCACUUGGUGGCCCUGACGGUGCCGGCCAGAUGCAGCACUUUGUCAAGGACGACGGCAUGAACAUCUUCCGCCUGCCCGUCGGCUGGCAGUACCUCCUGAACAACAACCUUGGCGGCAAGCUCGACGGCAACAAUGCUGGCAAGUACGACCAGCUCGUCCAGGCUUGCUUGGCCACUGGCGCCUACUGCAUCGUCGACAUCCACAACUACGCCCGCUGGAACAACCAGAUCAUCGGCCAGGGCGGGCCCACCAACGAGCAGUUUGCCGACCUCUGGUCGCAGCUUGCCACCAAGUAUGCCAGCCAGCAAAAGAUUGUGUUUGGCAUCAUGAACGAGCCCCACGACGUGCCCGACAUCAACAAGUGGGCCGACUCCGUUCAGGCCGCCGUGACGGCCAUCCGUGCCGUCGCCACCAAGCAGAUGAUCCUGCUGCCCGGCAACGACUGGACCUCUGCCGAGCAGAUGUCCACCAAGUCCGGCCCGGCCCUCCUCAAGGUCAAGAACCCUGACGGCUCCUUUGACGGCCUCAUUUUCGACGUCCACAAGUACCUCGACUCGGACAACUCCGGCACACACACCGAGUGCGUCACCGACAACAUCAGCAAAGCCUUCCAGCCCCUGGCCACCUGGCUGCGCGCCAACAAGCGCCAGGCGCUCAACUCGGAGACUGGCGGCGGCAACACGGCCUCGUGCCAAAAGUACCUCUGCAGCCAGAUCCAGUUCCUGAACCAAAACGCCGAUGUGUUCCUUGGCUACGUCGGCUGGUCUGCCGGUUCCUUCAGCCCGGCCACGUACGAGCUCAGCGAGGUGCCGACCAAGAACGGAAACUCGUGGACUGACAGCUCGCUGGUCACGGCAUGCAUUGCCCGUAAAUCGUAA